UCACAUUGGUACUUGGUAGUGCGACGCACACCGAAGGCGUCGCGUCAGAACUCGCGAGUUGGAGCUGUUGGAGUCGAAUGCUAUCGCUAAUUCGCUACCGGAGUGGCGAGGAAGAGAGAGAGCGAGAGAGUCAGUGUGUGUUGCGUUGUGUCAGCAAUCGGUAGCAUAUUGUGACGGGAAUUCAGUUGAGACUCUGACGCGAAGACAACGGGAUGUCAAGCAGCGGAGACGAGUGUAAGCUAAAGGGCGGUCAUCCCCCGGCAGUAAAGGCGGGCGGUAUGAGGAUAACGCAGCACAAGACACCGAAGGAUGAGCGCGAGACGAAGCCUAGCAAAGACGUCGAGGAGAGCAGGCCGUCCAGCAGUCCGCCAAAGACAAUAAUGAUUAGCGGCGCUCCGGCCAAAGGAAACGCAGAUUUUCCACCAGAAGCUGUGCAACACUUCCACGAGAAACCCAUACCGACUCAUGACGCACGACCGGCGCAUUGUUCGCGUCCCAUUAUCAUUCAGCAGCCUAGAAAGUGAGCCGUACUUCGUGAGCCGUGCAUCGUGCUAGUGGGUCUUGUUCCACAGUCACCCGUUAAAUUUACAAAAAAAAGGAAUAAUUAUACAAAUAUAUAUAUAUGGGAGAUAGGUAUAUGUUAUAUAAGCGUACUUAAACAAGUUUUUAAAAGAAUUAAAAUUGAAGAGUUUGAACUUCGCGCGGCAGCGUUUGUAACGAUUCUUGAUCCUUUAAUCGAUGAUUGAUCGUAAUCCUUUUUCUAACGAGGUACAAGGAAAUUGUAAAUUAAAAAAAAAUUAAGUCGGGAUAAAUUUGCAAAAAAAUUAAGAGUUACCGAGUUGGAUCCAUUUCUUAGGAUGAAGAACAGGCAGGGCCUGCAUAACUAAUCGGUUGAAGGAUCAAGGAGGCUCAAUUUCUUGUACGCGUUGAAAUAUUAGAUGACUUCACGAGAGAUAUUACUAUAUUGUUGUUAAAAACAAAAAAAGUUUAUUUUUGACGCCACGAGAUUCCUUGUAUCGGCAUUUAAGAUGCAUAUACGAGCUUUUGCGAAUAUAUCUUCGACUCGUUAUCGCAUGUUUUAUCUUUAUCUUAUCGUUCCUUUUAUUUUUACACUAGACACGACAUAUUUGCUAUGAUUGCAUUACGAUUAAGUAUUGUUGUAACAUAGUUACAUAAUACUAUCACUAGUUUGGGGACCAGUAUGUACUGUGACUCAUGAUGGAAUUCGUAUUGCACAUUCUCAACCUUCUCAGAAUUUUUCUUUUUCUUUUUGUAUCCAUCUGAUUAUAGCUUGGAAAUCAGAUGAAUCAGCAUCACUUUGAAUUUCAGAGAAUGGAAUUUUGUCAACAUAAGUUAACAUAAAGUAUUAUGUUAACUUACGUUAAUGUCAUUCAAGCGUGUAAAUGUCGAGCGAGAUCCAUAGUUGGCGACAGUUUGUAUAACAUUUGAGAACGAAUAAACAUUCAUACAUGUACAUAAACCA